AACCGGUUACUAACUGAAAAAAAACGGUUAUCGAAAUAACCGGUUAUUUUGGUACAUCCCUACUGUGGUUUAAAUACCAGGACUGUGCCAGGACCAUGGCUAAAUUACCAAAGGUCAAUCCACAUCUAUAUAAGGUUAUCAUGUGCUAAUAUCCAAUGUUUUUACUGAAUCUGUACAGAAAAUUUUACGUUUUUUACUGUUCAUAAUAUCGACUGAAACCGAAAUGUUUAAUAUUGAGGUUGUUCAUGAUAAAUUUGAGGCUUCACUAUGUGAGGAUGACGACGUUGAUUUGGAACUUUAUUUGGAGAGUUUUGAAGAACUUAGCAAUGUUAUUCAUUUCAGGUUUUUAAGUUUACUAGGUACUAUAUUUAGUUUUGUUAAUAAAGAUUUACAACAAAAAAUGGAUCACCUCAAUAAUCUUUUAAAAGAUAACGAUACUACACAUACAUAUAAAACAGUGAAAGCAAUGAUUGAACACGAAAAAGAAAGUGGACUUCUUUAUAAAACUGGUUUUGUUUCUGGCAGUAGAACUUUAUUAAGAAUUCAUAGAGGAUUAGAUUUUAUUCAGCUAUUUUUAAAGAAGAUUGGGGAGUUACAAGACCAUGAUACUACAUAUGUUGCUUGCAGAGAAGCAUAUGAUCUUACUCUUGCAAAGCAUCAUUCUUUUAUGAUUAAGAAUGGAGCUAAAAUGGCUAUGUAUACAUUACCAAAUCGAGGGCAGCUUUUGAAAAGGGUGUGCAUUGAAGAGGAAGAAAUAGAAAGAGCACUCAGUUUGCUUCCAAAGACUUUAGAAGUUUCAUCGAUCGUGUAUACACGUAUUGAUACUUUAUAUACAGCACACAAUCUACAUGACCUCCCAUAGGCUUAAUCAUAAAUAAAAGACUUAUAAUAGGUUUGUUACAACCAGCAUUUCGGGAUCGUUUCGAAAUCGUACUCGAAUCGGUUUUCUUGCACUUUGUUAGCAUGCGCGGACUUCGAAUAGUUUCGUGACGAUCCAAAAAGUAUCAACGUUGGAACGCUUUGUGGAUUGUUUUCGGGACUGUCGGAAGUGCCAAGCGUGCAUGUUAAGAUCGGUUUUUUGUUUUUGUUCGAGGAAACAAGAAAAUACGAUUAAAGCUUAUCUAAAUAUUGUUCA